AUGGCGGCCCCCAGGGAGUGGCUGGGAGCGGUGGAGGAAGAGGGGAACUCGGGUCUUCAGGGGAGCUCGGGAGUGGAGGUGGUUUUUCCUUCUGAUCCCGCCACGCCUGCCCCGGUGUGCCCUCACGGACCCACUCUUCUGUUUGUAAAGGUGAACCAAGGGAAAGAAGAAUCACGGAGGUUUUAUGCCUGCUCAGCCUGUAGAGAUAGAAAAGACUGUAAUUUUUUUCAAUGGGAAGAUGAAAAGUUGUCAGAAGCUAGACUUGCUGCCCGAGAAGCUCAUAACCGAAGAUGUCAGCCGCCUCUAUCCCGAACGCAGUGUGCAGAAAGGUACUUGAAGUUUAUUGAGUUGCCCUUGGCUGAGAGGAGGUUUUGUCAAAGAUGCCAGCAGUUGCUGUUGCCAGACGACUGGGAGAAGCACCGCGAGCACUGGGUGGUGGGCAACAUCUCUGCCGGCCAGCUCGGCAGGCCCAGCCAGCUUCUCCGUCCGCUGGAGAACAAGAAGACAAACGCCCAGUACUUGUUUGCCGAGCGUACCUGCCACUUCCUGGUAGACCUGCUUCCUGCCCUUGGGCUCACGAGAGUACUGUGCGUUGGCACACCAAGGUUGCAUGAGCUGAUCAGGUUGAAAGCAUCAGGUGACGAGAAGUCUAACAUUAAAAGCCUUUUACUGGAUAUUGAUUUUCGGUAUUCACAGUUUUAUAUGGAAGAUAGCUUUUGCCGUUAUAACAUGUUCAACCAUCACUUCUUUGAUGGAAAGGCUGCCCUUGAAGUAUGCAGAACAUUUUUACAGGAAGAUAAAGGUGAGGGAGUCAUUAUGGUGACAGAUCCUCCUUUUGGUGGCUUGGUUGAACCUCUGGCUGUUACAUUCAAGAAGUUAAUUGCUAUGUGGAAAGAAGGUCAAAGCCAAGAUAGCAGUCACAAAGAACUACCUGUAUUCUGGAUUUUCCCCUAUUUUUUUGAAUCCCGAAUUCGUCAGUUUUUUCCAAGCUUCUGCAUGCUGGAUUACCAGGUAGAUUAUGAUAAUCAUGCACUUUAUAAACAUGGAAAGACAGGUCGAAAACAAUCUCCUGUGCGUAUUUUCACCAAUAUCCCACCCAGCAAAAUAAUCCUUCCUAGUGAAGAAGGGUACAGAUUUUGCCCUUUAUGUCAACGAUACGUUUCCCUAGAGAAUCAACACUGUGAGCACUGUAAUUCUUGCACAUCCAAGGAUGGCAGGAAGUGGAACCAUUGCUUUCUCUGCAAAAAGUGUGUAAAACCUUCCUGGAUCCACUGUAGCCUUUGCGGUCACUGUGCUCUUCCAGAUCAUUCCUGCGGGGCCCCUAAAGAUGGCUGCUUUAUUUGUGGUGAAUUAGAUCAUAAACGUAGUACUUGUCCUCAGAUCACUGCAUCUAAGAAAGUGAUCAGAGCUGUCAGAAAGCAGAAGCAAAGAAAAAGUAAGAAGACGAAAAUGGAGACCGUUAAAGAGCAAUCCAUGAAUCACACAUCUGUUACAAGGAAGAAGAAAAGGAGAGAAAGAGCCCAUCAAUAUCUUUGCUCUUAA